AUGGACGGUUCCCUCAUGGACCUGCGUUCAGGACAAUUAUCUCCACCUUACGACGGCGACGACGUAGUCUGUCGAGGCAGUUUACGGCCGCAGCUUCACUUCUCCGCGCCCAGGGGCUUCAUCAAUGAUCCCAACGGGUUGUUCUUCGACGAGACCGAAGGCACCUGGCAUCUCUACUAUCAAUACAACCCGACCGACACUGUAGCGGGAAACCAACACUGGGGCCACGCGACCUCUCACGAUCUGUACGUGUGGGAUCAUCAGCCCAUCGCGCUCAGUCCCGCCAGCGAUGCCGAGGGGAUCUUUAGCGGCAGCGUUGUUUUGGACCCGGACAACACGUCUGGGUUUUUCCCGGACCAGAAGAACGGCGUUCUGGCAUACUAUACGCUCAACACGGCUGACGAGGAGACGCAGCACGUGGCAUACAGCCGAGACGGCGGUUACACGUUCACCAAGCACGCCGCCGGCAACCCCGUGCUGGCGAUUGGGAGUCACGACUUUCGAGACCCGAAGGUGUUCUGGUACGGGGACCACUGGGUGAUGGUGGUGGCGUGCGCGCGCGAGCACACCGUGGGCAUUUACACCAGCCCAGAUGGCCUCGAGUGGUCUCACGCGUCGAAUUUCUCUCACACAGGCCUGCUGGGGUCGCAGUGGGAGUGCCCGAACUUGGUUCAAAUGCCGGUCGAACGCGAAGACCAGCCCUUGUGGCUGAUGUAUAUCUCGAUCAACCCGGGCGCACCGCAGGGGGGGAGCAUCGGACAGUACUUUGCGGGCCACUUCAACGGCACACACUUCACGCCGGUCGACUCUGCUGCGCGCAUCGCCGACUGGGCCAAGGACAACUACGCCACGCAGUUCUUUUCUGGGAUCCCUGCCGGCCACAAGCAAGUCAGUAUCGCCUGGGCAAGUAACUGGCAAUACACGAACAAAGUGCCCACCGGACCCACGGAAGGAUGGGCGAGCGUCAUGAGCCUCCCGCGCACGAAUUGGCUGCGCAAGUCGCCGGACGGAACAGGAUACACGCUCGUGUCGCUGCCGUACAAUCUCGACGGCCUGCGCUCCCAGAACGCCCACGGCUGUGUCGAGCGUGAACUCGGGCGGUCAACUGGGCUCUCGCGGACCCGUGUCGACGGUCUACUGGCCCGAAAAUCCGAGGGGGGCGACGGCAGCGGUGCGUUUCUCCUCGACGUCAAAGCGACCGGGCUCGACCUCAGAUCUGCCCCCGGCGGAUCCAUCAAUUUCACCAUAUUCUCGACGCUGUCGGGCGAGAAAAUCACCGGAGGGGUUCGGUUCGAGGGGCCCAGCGGCGAUGCGACCGUCUGGGUCGACCGGGGCGGGAUCCGCGGCUGGGACAACCCGUUCUACACCAACCGGUUCUCGGCCGCGCAUUUCCUCCCGCCGCCCGUGGUGUCGUUUGAUUUCCAGAUCGUCGUCGACCGGAGCAUUCUCGAAAUCUUCAGCGUGGACGGCGACAAGAGUGCCACGCUCAUCUACUAUCCGGAGCAGCUGCUGGAUGCCGUCGACGUCGAGCUUGUGGACGUGAACGCAGAAGCCCGCGUCCACGUGCAUCUUUAUCCGCUGCGACCCACGGCAUCCGGGGCGACGAACGGGCCUCGGAUUGCGAAUUGCAUAGCUCCCUAG